AUGGGUGGGCAAGGGGGAACUCCCUGCUCGGUGGUGUGGCUUCAAUCGGCAUCAGCUGGAAUGGGCAACCCCCCGGGGAAUCCCCCAGCGACACAACUCUUCUUCGGGCUACAGGGGUCAGUCUUCCUGGAGAGAGGAGCAAGAGCGUUGGGAGGCUUGAUGAGGCGGAAGCUGGCCGAGUGUGAAAAUGCAAGUCGGAGCGUGUCCCAAAAGGCGACUAGCGGUAAUGAAACCCAGAAGUCUUCCUACGGCAGCAUGCUCUUCGCGAUCGCGGCCACUUCCCCGUCCCGGAUCACAAAGACCCCCCCCCCCCCCCACCCCCCCCCCCCCCCACCCCCCCCCCCCCCCACCCCCCCCCCCCCCCACCCCCCCCCCCCCCCACCCCCCCCCCCCCCCACCCCCCCCCCCCCCCACCCCCCCCCCCCCCCACCCCCCCCCCCCCCCACCCCCCCCCCCCCCCACCCCCCCCCCCCCCCACCCCCCCCCCCCCCCACCCCCCCCCCCCCCCACCCCCCCCCCCCCCCACCCCCCCCCCCCCCCACCCCCCCCCCCCCCCACCCCCCCCCCCCCCCACCCCCCCCCCCCCCCACCCCCCCCCCCCCCCACCCCCCCCCCCCCCCACCCCCCCCCCCCCCCACCCCCCCCCCCCCCCACCCCCCCCCCCCCCCACCCCCCCCCCCCCCCACCCCCCCCCCCCCCCACCCCCCCCCCCCCCCACCCCCCCCCCCCCCCACCCCCCCCCCCCCCCACCCCCCCCCCCCCCCACCCCCCCCCCCCCCCACCCCCCCCCCCCCCCACCCCCCCCCCCCCCCACCCCCCCCCCCCCCCACCCCCCCCCCCCCCCACCCCCCCCCCCCCCCACCCCCCCCCCCCCCCACCCCCCCCCCCCCCCACCCCCCCCCCCCCCCACCCCCCCCCCCCCCCACCCCCCCCCCCCCCCACCCCCCCCCCCCCCCACCCCCCCCCCCCCCCACCCCCCCCCCCCCCCACCCCCCCCCCCCCCCACCCCCCCCCCCCCCCACCCCCCCCCCCCCCCACCCCCCCCCCCCCCCACCCCCCCCCCCCCCCACCCCCCCCCCCCCCCACCCCCCCCCCCCCCCACCCCCCCCCCCCCCCACCCCCCCCCCCCCCCACCCCCCCCCCCCCCCACCCCCCCCCCCCCCCACCCCCCCCCCCCCCCACCCCCCCCCCCCCCCACCCCCCCCCCCCCCCACCCCCCCCCCCCCCCACCCCCCCCCCCCCCCACCCCCCCCCCCCCCCACCCCCCCCAAUUUCCUUCUCACUGAUGUUUCUGGGAGUAGUCGCGGCCUCUUCUUCCGUGCCCAAAAUAUGUUCCCAGCAUCUCGGCAGCUGCAUAUUCAGUCUUUCGAGAAAACUGCAUUCUCGGUCUUUCGUCUGUCGCUGGCUCGGGACUUUCGGUUCUGCUUUACAUACAUUGGGAACAAAAACUACCUGACCGUGGGCACACAGCCCGAAAAACUCACUCUGGCCGAGAAACGAGGCAAGCCACUGAAGGGCAAUGCCCCGCACCCCGGCAACAGCCAGGCGGUGGCUCGGCCGAGUGAGAGCCGGGGGAUGCGGCAAGGGCAGGGGGGUUUCUGCCACCAACCCCCGCUGCCCAAAACCCCUAAAACGCCAGAAAAGGUGUUCUCCCCUAACAACAAUGAUCAUCACCGCGCCGGGAAGGGCCGUCGCCGUCGCCUCCACUGUCACCGCCAGCUGCGGAGCUAUGAGACCCGGCCACGGGUACUAAAUUCCACCCUCAGAAUCUCCAGGUAUUUGGCGACCCCAGAGAGAAGCACAGAGUGGGUGAACUGCGGGAAAGUACCGAUAGAGCAAAUAACGUCGGAGUAA